AUGGGGAGGGGGUCCUUCAUCGGUGACAGCUGGGCUGACGACACUGAUGAGGGCAAGACCAUUGUCAUGCGCAGGACCUUACAUAAAGGCCAAUCAGCACAGACGAGCAGUGAAGUGGAGCUGUUGCUGGUGGAACAGCGAGAGGUGUGGGCUGCAGAGGAGGGCUGGCUCAUCUUUGACCUGACCGCCACAAGUAAUCUUUGGCUGGCCAACCCAGAGCACAACCUUGGCCUGCAUCUGGUCCUGGAAGACAACCAUGGUUAUAGACGGACACCCCAACUCUCGGGCCUGUUAACAGGCAGCGGAGCACGAGAAAAGCAACCCUUCCUAGUUGCCUACUUCAAAUCCAAUGAGGUUCGCUUUCGCAACAUCCGUUCUGCCCACGGCCACAGGGGGCGCCAUUCCACCAGCUCAAAACCACAGAAGAGUGUCCAAGAUGCACUAAAGGCAGUAGAGGCCGCAGCAGAUCUUGGCAUAUCUAAGGAUGGAUGUAAGAAACAUGAGCUGUAUGUCAGUUUCAGAGAUUUGGGAUGGCAGGACUGGAUCAUUGCACCAGAGGGCUACGCAGCGUACUACUGUGAGGGAGAGUGCGCCUUCCCGCUCAACUCCUACAUGAAUGCCACGAACCACGCUAUCGUGCAAACUCUGGUGCACUUUAUCAACCCGGGAACAGUGCCGAAACCUUGCUGCGCUCCCACGCAGCUCCACGGGAUCUCCGUGCUCUACUUUGAUGACAGCUCCAACGUCAUCCUGAAGAAGUACCGCAACAUGGUGGUCAGAGCCUGUGGCUGUCACUGACCACUAAUCAUGCAUUAUACUGUAUGAGCUCAUUUCUGAGGGAUGUUUAAAAAGGAGGAAGCGGUGGAACCAGAGACAAGAAAUGGUUUACUGCCGGUCACAGAGUAGGCUUUUAUCUCUGGGACUAUAUUUAUGAUCAGCAGCUGAGCAAUUAGAGCCACGGAUUACACAAAUAGUGCCCCCCCAUUGCUUACUUUUGUGUUCUUCGGUGCGACUCGGAAACAUGCACUAAAAUCAAUCCGAGCAAAUACUUUAAGUGGUUCAAACAGCAUUUGUCACUGUUAGUAUCAGAUAUCAUUUAUUUUUGUUGUGACCUUUCAGCUGUGAGAGAAUCAAAUUCAAUUUCCUGCAUGGACAUCUUUGCUUGAUCAUGAAUUGAAGGUGAGCAUCAAACCACUGCCCUCCCAUGUGAGCAACAUUGCACAUUCUGUUUUGGAAAGACUGAAGGAGAUCAAGCCUGCAUGAAAGCAUGAAUGUGCGGGCUGAGAAGACCUGAAUGAUGGGUCGAGUUCCUUAGUGUAAAUGAUUGAGCUGUCAAUCGAUUUGUUUUUGAAAUCCGAUGAAUCACAUUACAGGUACAACAUAUACCACAAAUAAUACAAUAUUUUGCUUUAAGAUGGUAAUUUAAACCUCUUCUGCACUAGAUGUGAUUUGACCUUUGUUUUAUGGAAAGUCUCAUCGUGGUGACUUUGAAACAAAAUUUGCUGCUGAGCAAACCAAUCGGGGUCUCCUCAAUCAUCUUUGCACUGGGCUAAAUACUGGCCUGAUCACUGAACUUAUAGCAACCUGUGCCUCCCUCCUUGCACCUCCAGAUGUCCAUUUGCCAUCAAGGUAAAGGUGUAUGUUCAGUCAAAAGAGUGUUUUAUUAAUCUGAGUUAAUUCAUAAUUAAUGUGAUGGUUUUGUGGUUGAUCAUUUGCAUUAACUCUUUAACUUUGACAGCCCUAAUAAUUUUACAUCAUCUUACGAAAUGGUGUUCUUGAUUCAUGCUUAUGAACUUUCACAUUAUGUUUUGGACUGUCUCGUGUUCUGCAGAAAACUGGGUACUCAUCAGUUUUUUUUUUCCAUUCUCACAAUGAAUUAGAA